GAUAUAACAUCAUAAUGUAUUCAUUCCAUCAAUCAGUGUAAAUGAAUUAGAUUUCUCUGUUUGUUCUCCUGAAGCUCUGCCGCCAUCAGUGAAAGACAAAGACAGAGUUUAUUGAAGGACAGUGUGAAGAUGAGUGAUCCAGAACCCUGCAGAAUUAAACAGGAAGAGACUGAAGAACUAAUAGAUGUGUUGGUGAAGGAGGAGAGUGAAGAACUGAGUGAAGAUGAGGAGAAACAUCAUGUCAAGAGUGAAGAAGACACUCACACAAACAGUGAACAUGGUGCUUCAAUGGAAAAAACAGCUGUACAAUGUUUGACCUGCACCCAGUGUGGAAAGAGUUUAAGCUCCAAAUCUAAUCUUAAGAUUCACAUGAUGAUCCACACUGGAGAGAAACCCUUCAAGUGUUCACACUGCGACAUGAGGUUCAAUCGUUUAGGAAACCUGAAAUCCCACGAGAGAACUCACACUGGAGAGAAACCGUACAAGUGUGCACACUGCGACAAGAGAUUUAAUUUUUCAGAAAACCUGAAAACACACAUGCUGCUCCACACUGGAGAGAAAACACACCAAUGUGAUCAAUGCGGCAAAACUUUUUUAAGGCCUUCAGGGCUAAAGAGCCAUCUUAGAGUUCACACAAACGAGAAUCUUUACUCCUGUCCUGAGUGUGGAAAGAGUUUUACAUCCCCGAUAGUUUUAGGAAAACAUCAGAAGAUCCACACUGGUGUGGGAGAGUUUUUCUGCUUUGACUGUGGGAGGACUUUUACUAAAGUUAAAUACUUGAAACGCCACCAGAUGAUUCACACUGGAGAGAAACCUCACGCGUGUUCAGACUGCGGUAGGAGAUUCAGACUGUCUUGUACCCUUAAAUAUCACAAAAUGAUUCACACUGGAGAGAAACCGUUCACAUGUACUCAAUGUGGGAAGAGUUUCACACAACUAUCAAGCCUCAGUGCACACAUGCUGAUCCACACUGGUGAGAAAAAACACAAAUGUGAUCAGUGCAGAAAAACAUUUUUGAGGCCUUCAGAGCUGAAGGACCACCUUAGAAUUCAUUCAAACGAGAGGCCGUAUUCAUGCUCUGAGUGUGGGAAGAGUUUCAUAUUGCAGUCAAAUUUAAAAAAACAUCAGAAGAUCCACACUGGUGUGAGAGAGUUCGUCUGCUUUGAUUGUGGGAAGAGUUUCAUUAGAGCUGGAGGCUUGAGACGGCACCAGAUGAUCCACACUCGAGAGCUCCCUUACCCGUGUUCACACUGCAACAAAACAUUCAGACAUUCAGGACACCUGAAAAAACAUGAGAGGACUCACACUGGAGAGAAAAAUCACGAGUUAAAAAAGCAGAAUGAAAUCUCCCUUCCUGAAAGCUCUACACUAUAUUCACACACACCAGAUUUCUCAGUUAAUCAGCCCCUGUUAUACAUUAUAAAAGGUCCUGUUUUGGUUUUGGGGUCUCCAACAACAGAAUGUGUGGCACAAUUUGAAGUGCAAAUGCGACAACAAAGACCACGUACUGUUGCCCGCCUUAAGACUUGUUUUGCUACCAUCAGUGAAAGACAAAGACAGAGUUUAUUGAAGGACAGUGAGAAGAUGAGUGACCCAGAACCCUGCAGAAUUAAACAGGAAGAGACUGAAGAACUAAUAGAUGUGGUGGUGAAGGAGGAGAGUGAAGAACUGAGCGAAGAUAAGGAGAAACAUCAUGUCAAGAGGGAAGAAGACACUCAGACAAACACUGAACAUGAUGCUUCAAUGGAGAAAACAGCUGUAAAAUGUUUGACAUGCACUCAGUGUGGAAAGACUUUCAGCUCCAAAUACAAGCUUAAGAUUCACAUGAUGAUCCACACUGGAGAGAAACCCUUCAAGUGUUCACUCUGCGACAUGAGGUUCAAUCGUUUAGGAAACCUGAAAUCCCACGAGAGAACUCACACUGGAGAGAAACCGUACAAGUGUGCGCACUGCGACAAGAGAUGUAAUUUUCCAGAAAACCUGAAAACACACAUGCUGAUUCACACUGGAGAGAAAACACACACAUGUGAUCAAUGCGGCAAAACAUUUUUGAGACCUUUGGGCCUGAAGAACCAUCUUAGAGUUCACACAAAGAAGAAGCUUUAUUUAUGUCCUGUGUGUGGAAAGAGUUUAACAACCCCGACAGUUUUAAGGAAACAUCAGAAGCUCCACACUGCUGUGAGAGAGUUUGUGUGCAUUGACUGUGGGAGGGCUUUUACUACAGAUAAAUACUUGAAACUGCACCAGAUGAUCCACACUGGAGAGAAACCUCACGUGUGUUUAGACUGCGGCCAAAGAUUCAGACUGUCUGGUAGCCUUACAUAUCACAAACUGAUUCACACUGGAGAGAAACCGUUCACAUGUACUCAGUGUGGGAAGAGCUUCACAAAAAUAUCGAGCCUUAAAGAACACAUGCUGAUCCACACCGGAGAGAAAAAACACAAAUGUGAUCAGUGCGGCAAAGCAUUUUUGAGGCCUUCAGAGCUGAAGGUCCAUCUUAGACUUCAUUCAAACGAGAGGCCGUAUUCAUGCUCUGAGUGUGGGAAGGGUUUCACAGUGCAGUCACAUUUAAAAGGGCAUCAGAAGAUCCACACUGGUGUGAGAGACUUUGUGUGUUCAGAGUGUGGGAAGACUUUUAUUACAGCUAGAACCUUGAGACGACACCAGAUGAUCCAUACUAAGGAGAAACCUUACCAGUGUUCACACUGUGACAAAACAUUCAGACGUUCAGGACACCUGAAAACACAUGAGAGGACUCACACUGGAGAGAAAAAUCACGAGUUAAAAAAAGCAGAAUGAAAUCUCCCUUCCUCUAAGCUCUACACUAUAUUCACACAAAUCAGAUUUCUCAGUUAAUCAGCCCCUGUUAUACAUUAUAAAAGGUCCUAUUUAGGUUUUGGGGUCUCCAACAACAGGCUGAUGUGAAUAUAAGCUCAGAACACUGUUAUUGUCUUAUAAUAUGCAUUUGAUUGUGUUCGUGGUUCAUCCAAACCCUUCUAUUGUUUCAUGCAAAUCUGUGGUGAUUGGCUGAUGACCUUGACUGUUGUGAUUGGUCGACUGCGAUCAACUCAAGACCACACUCACCACGGCUUAUCAAUAGACUGGGGCAACUAAGAGGUCAGUUUGUAUUAGUGAUGGGAAGUUCAGCUCAUUUUACUGACUCGGAUCUUUGAGUCUCGUUCAUCAAGAUGAACGAAUCUUUUUUUGAGUCAUUUCGUUCAUUUGGUUCAAUUUGCCAAAAUAUUAUUAAAAUGUUACGAAUUGCUUCCAAACACAUCUACAACUAGCCCAAAAGGUUGAUCGCACGACAAAUAAGUCAUAAAUAGAAUACUAUAAGAAGGAGAAAAUAAUACUUUAAUGUUGACCUGCUCUUCUGUCUAUGAAGGUAUUGUCGUCGCUUUGCUCAGCUCAGCUCUUCAUGUCUUCAAAUGUCAGGGGUUCAUUCACGUUACACUGACAGUCACAUAUAAUCUUAAUCAAUGCACAGUCUGAGCCGAUAGAAGCCAUGAUCGUUCGUUGUUUACGUGACAGAAU